CGCAAUCUUUUAUUUUUCAUAGACGCACUCUCUCUUGUUGGUUCCUUACUUCACAAGAGAAACUCGAAUCCUAAAAGUUUAACGCAGAAGUUUGAAAGUUCAUUGAAGGUGGGUAGAAGACUGUAAGUUAGAAGGAAAUGGUGCUUUCGUAUCCAACUUUUUACUCUCUAUUUUCUUCUUUCAUUCUCUGCCCUUUUUACACAUAAAUACCCGUCAUGAAAUCAUAUAGAUGAAGCCAUGAAGAAGGUGUAAUAAGUAGCAAAAAAUUCAACUCCUGCACGAUCAAAUCAGCAGACUAUCCUAAACUAUUCUAUUAAACACCAAACUUCAAGUUCUUUUUUCUUGGAAAAACAAAGAAUACAUGGGAGAUCCAAGCAAAUGGGUGUCGAACUCGAUACAACAGAAACUUGCAUCCUUGCCAGCAGUUUCCUCAAAUUGUUGCAUUUACAGAGUCCCUGAAAAUCUUCGCAAGGUAAAUGAGGAUGCUUAUCGGCCUUUGCUUGUUUCAAUAGGUCCUUUCUACUAUAAUGAUCCAAGACUAGUUGGGAUGCAACAACAGAAAUUGAGGUACUUGCAAUCUUUUCUUGGACGAUCCACUUCUUAUAACUUAGAUUAUUACACUCAAGUUAUAAGAGGAUGGGAAAAUCUUGCCCGUCAUUGUUAUGUUGAGGCUAUAAACUUACCCAGUGAACAUUUCAUUGAAAUGGUGCUUCUUGAUGCUACAUUCAUCAUUGAGCUCUUCUUGAGGGGUUGUUUUCAUGAAUUUAUAGAUGCAAAUGACCGCGUUUUUAACAAACCAAGGAUGAUCUUAGAAGUUACUCGCGAUAUAAGGCUAGAAGAAAACCAAUUACCAAUUUUCAUUCUUAAGGGUCUUUAUGAUCUAGUCUUUGAGCCCUCAUCCCAAAAUAAGCAUCUUUCUUUCCUUGAUAUUACCUAUAGAUUCUUCAUGGGAAAGAAUGAAGAUAUUCCUUCUAGGAUAGCAAGUGCAGAUGUAAGACAUAUGGUUGAUUUCUUAAGGAUAUGUUACUUGCCUUCUGCCCUCCGGGCUGAAUUACCUACUACCAACAAAAAGUUCGAGUUUACUUCAAGUGUAACUGAGUUAAGUGAAGCUGGAGUCAAAUUUGUAGCGGGUAGAAGUCAGAAUUUGCUUGAUGUAAGAUUUAUGAAAGGGGUUUUGGAAAUUCCGAGGUUUGUAGUGACUGAUGAUACAGAAUCGUUGUUCCGUAACAUCAUGGUGUUCGAGCAAUGUCACUAUUACUUUGAUUCGUACAUCAUUGACUACUUCGCGUUCUUGGAUAGUCUGAUCAAUACCCCAAAGGAUGUAACCAUACUUGUUCAAAGUGGAGUGAUCGAGAACUGGCUAGGGAAUAACGAAGAAGUGGCGGAUCUCUUCAGCAAGUUGUUCAAGCAGACGAGACUAAAAGGUUCAAAUUUCUAUUACUCCACUAUCUGUAAGGAUCUUAAUGCAUAUGCUGGAACUCCUUGGAAUCGAUGGAAGGCCAUACUUAAGCAUGACUAUUUUAACCAUCCAUGGGCAGCUAUAUCUGUAAUUUAUGCAAUUGUGAUGUUGAUUCUUACUGUGUUACAAGUUGUAACUGGCUUUAAAUAACUAGGCAGCUGUAGCUGUAAUAGAAGAAUAAAUUGUCUGUCUACUUUGAUAUAUGCGUUUAUUGCGUUCUAUUCAAUUGAUAUGUAAUGUAUGUAAAGUUGUGAGUA